AUGUCCCCAGAUGGCGACAAGAAGCCCGCGAUUCGCACGACUCCGGCCAGUUACAAGGCCAAGGGCAAGGAGGCUGACAUUAUCUACCCUUCGGGCAUGAAGCUCGCACUGCUGAUGAUGUCUAUCUUUAUUGGCAUGUUUCUAGUGUCACUGGAUCGCCUCAUCAUCUCAACCGCCAUCCCCCAAAUCACCGACGAGUUCAACUCAGCGGGCGAUAUUGGCUGGUACGGCACGGCGUAUUUGCUCUCCAACUGCGCCUUUCAACUGAUGUUCGGAAAGCUAUACUCCUUCUUCGAUAUUAGAUCAACCUUCAUGAUAUCCAUCACACUGUUCGAAGUCGGUUCGGCUAUCUGCGGAGCGGCCCCGAACUCGAUCGCGUUCAUCCUGGGCAGAGCCAUCGCCGGCCUGGGAGCCGGAGGAAUUCUCUCUGGCAUGAUGGUCGUCAUUGUCUUCUGUGUUCCUCUUCACAAGCGGCCCAAGUACCAGGGUUUCUUUGGUGCUGUGUUUGGGAUCGCUUCGGUGACCGGCCCUCUAAUCGGCGGUGCCUUCACCACUCACGUCACCUGGAGAUGGUGCUUUUAUAUUAACCUUCCUUUGGGAGCAGUAGUCAUGCCGUGUGUUUUCUUCUUGCUCCAAGUCCCUGACCGUCCCAACACUAAGAAACCUUUGGAAGAAAAGCUGCGGCAGCUCAACGCCCUGAGCAUGCUCUCCGUUGUUCCUGGGGUCAUCUGCCUGUGCCUGGCCCUACAAUGGGGCGGCACUACGUAUGCGUGGAAUGAGGGCCGUAUCAUUACAUUGCUUGUGCUCGCCUUCGUGCUUUUGGUCGCCUUUUCCUUCAUACAGGUCUGGAAACCGGAGCAGGCCACGGUGCCACCGCGUAUCAUCACCCAGCGCAGCAUCGCCUCCGGCUUCUUGGUGGCGUCUUGUCUCGGCGCCCACAUGAUGAUGUUUGUCUACUACCUUCCCCUCUGGUUCCAGGCCAUCGACAGCGUCUCGCCUGUCGAAAGCGGCAUCCACCUCCUUCCCAUGAUAAUACCCCUCGUUGUGGCAUCCAUCCUCACCGGUCAGCUAGUCUCCCGCAUCGGAUACUACACGCCCUUCAUGAUCUACGGCGUCUGUCUCACAGCGAUCGGCGCCGGCCUGCUCACUACCCUGGAGGUCGACACUACAAAGGGGAAAUGGAUCGGCUUCCAGAUCAUCUACGGUUUCGGCCUCGGCUCAUGCACCCAGGCUCCUAACAUGGCCGCGCAGACAGUGCUGCCACGCGAGGACGUCGCCAUCGGUGCCUCGCUCAUGUUCUUCGGUCAGCAGCUCUUUGGCGCCGUCUUCACCUCCGUCGGUCAGAACGUGCUCGACAACCAGCUGACCCACCGUCUUGCCAGCAUUCCUGGUAUCAAUCCUCAGACGAUCCAGAACACAGGCGCCACCCAAAUCCUCAGCCUUGUUUCCGCUAAGGACCACACCGCAGCUCUGAGGGCGUAUAACGACUCGCUGCGCGUGUGCUUCCAGGUCGGACUCAUCAUGACUUGUAUAUCCAUUAUAGGCGCUCUCGCCAUGGAGUGGCGUACCGUGAGGAAGAAUGUUCCCAAGAAACCUGACAGCGAGCUGGCUGCUGAGGACGGCAAGUGCCCAGGUGGUGGUGAGAUCAAGAAGGUAGCGACGACUGCUGGGCCUGAAGCUAUGCGCACGGUGUCCCAGACUGAGGUGCCACAUAUGUCGCCGUCAGCAACACUGGAAGAAACUGCGGAAAAGACAGACCAGACGACAGAAGAGAAGUCUGACGCUGAGAGAGCAAAGCCCAAAGAGAUGACAGCUUGA